AUGUCCCAGAAAAAUGAGAGAAGAGAUAAAAAUGUUCAUGAUAUUCGCGUAGUGGGAUUUUCUUAUCGUCAUACUGCUUCUGCUAACCAAGAAGUUUGUACUAACACCGAAUGGAGUGGAUAUUCUAGUCGUUUUAAAACAAAUACAGUUCUUCAAUAUGAUGAUAAUUUUGAAAAAGUGACAGAAUGGGGAAAACUAGCAUUUGCUAAAAAAGCUGAAAGAAAAAAUAUGGAUAAAGAUGAACCUAAAUCUGUUGGAUUAUUUAAAUUACAUUUAGGAAGUUUUGGAAAAUUAGAUGAUGAUUUAAAACCGAAAAUUCCGGUAGACUAUAAAAAAGCUAUUGCCGAUUAUCUAAGAGAAAUGGGAAAGUUAAUAAAAACUAAAAUAAGUGAACAUUGGCCAGAUGUGAAUUUUUAUGAAAAUGUUCUUCUAAUAAUUAGUGUUCCCGCAGAUUAUUCAAAGAAAGAAUUGGCGAUAAUGAGAGAAUGUUCACUUGAAGCUGAAUUAAUUCGUAAAGAAAAUAUUGAAUAUUUACAAUUCACUACGGAACCCGAAGCUGCAGCAAUUUAUUGUAUGAAAAAAUGUCUAAAUGAACAUUCUCUGGCUUCAACAGGAACAACUUUUAUGAUCGUUGACUGUGGAGGUGGCACAGUAGAUUUGACAACACGUAAACUUGUGGGUGAAGAUCAAUUAAGCGAAGUUACAGAGAGAAUCGGUGAUUAUUGUGGAAGCUCAUUUAUCGACGAAGCAUUCCUCAAACAUUUGGGUAGUAUAGUGGGAAAUUCAACAAUUGACAAACUACGAGAUAAGAAGAGUAAAUCAUUACAAUAUAUGGUUCACCAUUUUUGUCGAAGAGCUAAAUUUCGAUUCACUGGUAAAGACACAGAUUUUCAAUAUGAUUUAGAUGUUAAGGAGGUCAUUAGAGUUCUUAAAAAAAUUGUUAAUAACGAAACUAAAAAACUGAUGGAAGACAAUAAUUGGUUGAUUGAAAUUGAUUUCGAAACAAUAAAAUCGAUGUUUGAUCCUCUCGUAAAUAGAAUCCUUAAAAUGAUAGAAAUUCAACUUGAAAAUUGUCGAGAUGAAUGUUCAAUUAUGUUUCUGGUUGGAGGAUUUGGUCAAUCAGAAUAUUUGAGAAAUAGAAUUGAAGAAAAAUUCAAGGAUCAAGUAAAGACAAUUGUCGUUUCUAAAGAACCUAUUGCAGCAGUUGUUCGUGGAGCAACAUUAUAUGGAUUAAGUUUAAGUGAUAAAAUGAAAAAAUAUGAAAAUUAA